UGAUGGUCAAAACGUAGGUAUUAAUUGAAAUAAAUGUAUUAAAUGACGGUGAUAUAUUUGUGCUAAUUUUAUGCUAAUAAAGCUGUUUGCACGUUCUAAUAACUAAUUAAAGUUUAUACAAAACAAAUCAAUAUAUUCAGUAAACGGAUAACAGUAAGGAAAAUUUAUUUACAUCGACUAAAGUGACCGUUUAACGCCAGUGUAGGUCGACAUUUAAGUAUUUUCAAUAGGGUCGAUGAUUAAUAUAAAGUAUUUUGUACUAUUAUACAUGUACACUAUAAAUGUCAUAACACAGUAGGGUCGUAUGUAUAUCACUGUUAUAAUAUAACACGAGACCUUAUUGAAAAGAGAAACAAAUCACAUUUCUUCAAGUAUACAUGUUCAUACAUUUCGCUUCUGGUAUAUGUAUAUAUGAUGAUGUACAUGUACGAGGUAAAUGGAUUUCUUUACUAUCGUGUUAAUAAGAGAUCAGUUGUAGGGAGAGAGGAGAGAUGUGUUAUUACAUUUAAGAGUGUAUUUAGACGAGUGUACAUACCACAACUAUAUGCAUGGUUUACUGCAUUAUAACAAAUGUAACUAUACCAUCACUGUACAUUCAAACAGCCGUGCAAAAGAAGAAGGGUUAAUAUAUCAACAUCUUAAUUGAAUGGGAAUUAGUCAAAGGUGUGUGGUAAAUACUGUAACGUGUUUAAUGCAAGAAGUUGGACACUAUUAACAGAUCAUUAAAUUAAAUAUAUCGAAAUGUCGUCUGCGUCCUAUAGCAUUCUAACAGGAGAAAAGAAAACGUUUCAUCCUGCUGAUUAUGCCGUAUUCGGAUGUACUUUGGCAUUUUCGGCCGCAAUCGGUAUAUUUUAUGCAAUAAAGGAUAGGAGAAAGAACACUACAGAGGAGUACCUGCUUGCCGGACGCUCUAUGAAUCCAUUUCCGGUUGCAAUGUCACUGGUGUCCAGCUUUGUGUCAGCAAUCAUGAUUAUAGGAACGCCGGCGGAAGUGUAUGUGAAUAGCACAAUGUAUGGAUGGCAAGCUGUCGGUAUGGUUAUAACCGCAGUCGGUGCUGCACAUAUUUUCAUCCCUGUAUUUUACAACCUAGGAGUAACAAGUGUUUUUCAGUAUGUGGAAAUGAGAUUUGGCCGCGUUACCAGGACAAUUGCAAGCGUCGUCUAUAUCAUCUGGAUGAUGUUUUACAUGGCUAUUGUGCUCUAUGGACCAUCUCUGGCCUUAAAUGCGGUAACUGGUUUAUCGUUAUGGGGAUCUCUUCUGGCAGUCAGUUCAGUUUGUAUCUUCUACACAGCUCUGGGUGGCAUGAAAGCAGUACUUUGGGCAGACACGUUUCAAGUGUUGGUUAUGUUUGCCGGCCUUUUUGCACUUUUGAUAGAAGGUACCAAAGCUUUAGGAGGCAUCGGCAAAGCAUGGGAUAUUGCCAACAAAAAUGAAAGAAUAAUUUUGUUAGAGUUUGAUCCUGAUCCGCGAGUACGACACUCAGUUUGGAAUCUUGUGAUUGGUGGAGGAAUAUUUUGGUGCGCUGUUUAUGGAACAAACCAGGCUCAAGUUCAAAGGGCGCUUUCAGUUAGAAAUGUUUCCCGGUCAAAAAUAGCCAUUUGGUUAAAUGUAAUAGGAUAUGACACUAUUCUACUUCUAUGCUGUUUAGUUGGUGUUGUCAUGUAUGCUUUCUACUCCGAGUGCGAUCCUGUCAAAUCAGGACUGGUUGAUAAGCCGGACCAGUUAGUACCUUUAUGGAUGAUGGAUUUGCUUAGUGAAUAUCCUGGUUUACCUGGAUUAUUCUUAUCUACAAUUUUCAGUGGAAGUCUGAGCUCGGUGUCAUCAGGACUUAAUGCAAUAGCUGCAGUAAUGUUGGAAGACUUUAUAAAGCCAACAUGCUGCAAAAAUAUAUCUGACAGUACUGCAACGUGGUUGUCUAAAGGCUUCGUUGUUGUGUUUGGAGGUUUGUCAAUUGCGUUUGCUUUUGUCGUUUCAAAUUUCGGAACCCUUAUUCUAACGCUUGCUAACGUUUUAUUUGGAGCUCUUGGUGGACCUAUGCUUGGAAUGUUCUGUUUAGGAAUGCUUUUUCCAUGGUCAAAUAAACUGGGUGGAUGUAUCGGUCUUGUUUGUGGCCUCAUCAUGAAUAUCUGGAUAUCAUUCGGUACUGCCAUAACAAAAACUAGCGUUAACAUUAAAUCACCAAUUUCUGUUGAUGGUUGUAUUUGGAAGUACUCAAACACAACAACACUAACAACAUCAUCAACAACAACAAGCAUGGCACCAUCCUCAGUAGAAACAGUUUCUACAACUCACAUAUUUGAUAAAUAUGAGGGAAUCAACCGUUUAUACACAGUAUCUUACAUGUGGUAUUCUGGUAUAGGGGUGUGUACUGUUGUCGUUGUUGGUAUGGUUGUUAGUUUAAUAACAGGUAUCACAGAUACAUCAAAAUUAAACCCAAAAUUGAUUUGCCCGAUUUUCGAUGUAUUCUUCCCAUUUUUACCAGAGAAGUGGCGAAAACCUCUGCGGUUUGGAGUGAGACAUGGUGAAAAGGACUUCGAUGAAUUCGAUGAUACAGAAAAACGAAAAGAAUUGGUAAAGAAGUUUGAAGGUGUUGAUGAAAUCCGCCCUUACAAGAAUAAAGAGAAAAAUAACACAUAUGAACGAGAAAAUGACGGAUACGGGUCAUAUCAUUCUAGUACAAAUCUAUAACGAGAAGAUAUUAUAUUUGCAAAGAAAUUUGUAUUGCAAGGAUUUAGCCGAUCAUUGUUAAAUUAUUUUAUAAGACUAUUAGACUAGGCCAGUGGCCAGUGAAACAGACAAUUUUGGUUUGUGCGUAUUUCAUUCCAAAAUAUUU